AUGCUAAUGACCUCGCUGCCACAACAGGUCGGACAAGAGCUCCGCAAGAUGACGGCGUUCAUCAAGCAGGAGGCCAUGGAGAAGGCGCGCGAGAUUGAGAUCAAGGCCAACGAGGAGUUCGCCAUCGAGAAGUCCAAGCUCGUGCGGCAGGAGACCGAUGCGAUCGACGCCGCCUACGAGAAGAAGUUCAAGCAAGCCACCAUGUCACAGCAGAUCACCCGUUCUACCGUCGCCAACAAGACGCGGCUCAAGGUCCUCGCCGCCAGGCAGGAGCUGCUCGACGACAUCUUCGAGACGACCCAGAAGAAGCUCGCCGAGGGUACCAAGGAUAAGAGCCGUUACCGCGGCAUCCUGAAGAACCUCCUGCUGGAGGGCUUCUACGCCAUGAACGAGCCCGAGCUCCAGGUGCGGGCACGCAAGGCCGACUACGACACCGUUAAGAAGGCGAUCGAAGAUGCGGCAAAGGAGUACAAGAAGGAGGUCGGCAAAGAGGUGAAGGCGACAAUCGACGAGGCCAACCCUCUGCCUGAAGGAAGCGCUGGAGGAGUGUCUAUCGUGGGCGGCGCGGGCAAGAUUGAUAUCGACAACACGUUUGACGCCCGGCUAGACCUUCUUAAAGACAGUGCCUUGCCAGGAGUCCGCAAGACCCUGUUUGGGCCGAACCCCAACCGCAAGUUCUUUGACUAA